AUGAAAACGAUUUUAAACAAUCAAUUAUGGAUUUUGUUUUGGACAUCAGCUGAAAAACUUGUUCAAUUUCUUUUUAUUUUUCUUAAUACACUUCUUUCAUUAUUAGUACGACCACCAAUUGUCAAUAGAAAUAUUUUGAAUGUCAAUCAAACGUAUUUUGAAACAUUAAUAAAAAUAGUUCAACAUGAUCUUCUUGCUGGUCUUAAUGAUACACAUGGAAGAAAUCAUUUACUUUUAGCUUAUAUUCAUUAUGAAUGUAUAUUACAUACACCAACUGAAAUUGAUAUGACUGAUGUUUCAUCAAAAUCAGCUAGUCUUCGUCCCAGUUCACUUUAUUUUCAAUGUCAUGUACCAUGA